CGCUGCACCCCUCACCUCUCCCUCCUUUCCUUUAUUCCUGGCCCCACCUGCCAAAAUGAACAGCACGGACAAGGAGAAGCAGCUGCAACUCAUCACCAGUCUGAAGGAGCAAACCAUAGGCGAAUAUGAAGACCUCAGAGCAGAGAACCAGAAAACAAAGGAGAAAUGUGACAAAAUUAGGCAAGAACGAGAUGAAGCUGUUAAAAAACUGGAGCAAUUUCAGAAAAUUUCUCACAUGGUUAUAGAGGAAGUCAAUUUUAUGCAGAACCAUCUUGAAAUAGAGAAGACUUGUUGAGAGAGUGCUGAAGCUCUGGCGACAAAGCUAAAUAAAGAAAAUAAAACAUUGAAAAGAAUCAGCAUGUUGUACAUGGCCAAGCUGGGACCAGAUGUAAUCACUGAGGAGAUCAACAUCGAUGACGAAGAUGUUAGCACAGACCCAGGAGGCACCACAGAGACCUGUGUGCCUGUGCAGUGUCAGAAGCAGAUCAAAG